AUGCAGCCGACCCCAGAACCAUACGCUGGGCAGCAGCGCGACAGUUCCACCGCAGCCGACCCCGGCCCAGCCCUCAAGAAGAAGAAAUCCCGCCGCGCAGCCGACCCCUCCAAUCAGAAGCGAAAAUGCAUCAGCACCGCUUGCAUAGCCUGCAGAAAGCGCAAGUCCAAGUGCGACGGCGCCGUCCCGAGCUGCGCCGCCUGCGCCAGCGUCUACGGCACCGAAUGCAUAUACGACCCGAACUCGGAUCACCGCCGCAAGGGCGUCUAUCGUGAAAAGACGGACGGCAUGAAGGCUGACGACGCCACCCUUAAGAUUCUUGUCGAGGCCAUUCUCAAUGCUUCCGAGGACAACGUCGACGACGUGGUACGCAGGAUACGCAAUUGCGAUAGCCUCGAUGACUUGGCACUACAAAUACUCAAGGAUGGUUCAGGCCUGGAUGGAUCCAGCGCGGAACACAGCGACGACGAACACUGGCCAUCGCAAGUUGACGGGGAGCGAGAUCUCGCGGGUAAAAUGGGUGAAUUGCGCGUCGAGAACGGCACGAUCCGCUUUAUCGGCGGGACAUCCCAUCUCAUCUACCUCAGCGGCGCGUCCUCGGCGCAUGACGCCGAACCACAUGCAGAAAACUCUUUCCUCGCUUCCACGAACCCCGUUACCAGUUGGUCCGAGGUCACCGACGAUGUCGGCGUAGUGACACACCUUCUGAACAUGUACUUCACCUACCACUAUCCCUACUUUACCACCCUCUCACGCAACAUGUUUUGGCGCGACUUUUCCCGCGGCCGCGGCGCAGUCGGCCAAAGCUCCUCCCACUGCUCUUCGCUGCUUGUCAAUGCUAUGCUAGCUUUAGGAUGCCACUUUUCCGACGUCGCCGGAGCCUACAGCGACCCCUCCGAUACAAGAACUAAAGGCGACCAUUUUUUCGCCGAGGCCAAGCGCCUCAUUAUGGAAGGCGAUGAGUUCGAGCGACCUCGCCUCGUCACUGUGCAAGCACUGGCCCUAAUGUCCGUACGGGAGGCGGGUUGUGCGCGUGAAGCCACAGGCUGGGUCUACAGCGGCAUGAGCUUUCGAAUGGCUCAGGACAUCGGCCUCAACCUCGAGAUCAGUUCCAGCGACAAGAGGGUCAUGACCGAGGAGGAGAUCGAUGCCCGUCGAAUCACUUUCUGGGGCUGCUUCAACUUUGACAAGUGUUGGUCAAAUUAUCUGGGCCGUCUGCCGCAACUGCCCAAGUCCACCUUCACUGUCGCCAAAUUUGACGUCUUUCCCGACGAAGACGCAUCGCCAUGGGUACAACUCACGGAUAAAGGCUUCGACGAAUCGACGAAGCAACCCUCAAGGACACGUGCUGCUGCACUGCAUCUGUCCACCCUCUGUGAAAUUAGUAGCGACCUUCUACUAUUCUUCUAUCACCCGAACCACAUUCAUCGGUCGACGGGCAAGACGGUCGAAUUGAAGAAACUCAGUGAGCUUCAUAAACGGCUCGAAGAGUGGCGCAAGAACCUACCGAAAGAGUUUGAGGCGGGGGACGGGCAGCUCCCCAACGUAAUUCUCAUGCACAUGUUCUUUCAUCUGCAAUUCAUCCAUCUUUUUAGACCCUUCCUCAAGUACUCGCCUAAUUCUUCGCCUUUGCCGUCACACAUAUCCCCUAGAAGAAUAUGCACAUCCAAUGCGGGAGCCAUUUCCAAGCUGAUGCGACUCUACAAGAAAAACUGGAAUCUACGGCAAGUGUGUAAUAUUGCCGUGUACAUGACGCACAGCGCCUGCACGAUACAUAUGCUCAAUCUUCCCGAAAAGACGGCAAAGCGGGACUUUACCCACGGCGUCAAGCACCUGGAGGAGAUCUCCGAGGACUGGCUAUGUGCGCGGCGCACGCUCAGCAUAUUAAGUGUGCUGGCCAGAAAGUGGCAUUGUGCUCUGCCAGAAGAGGCGGCACAAAUACUGCAGCGAACUGACGAGCUGUACGGCCACUACAGCACCUCGGAAGUCCCGUCGCCCAAGUCGAGCGCGGGAUUGUCGCCACAGGCCCAUAUGGAGGAGGCGGCGGCCGCUGCCGCUGGCGUACAAGCGCAUAGUAUGCAAUCAUCACACUUCAGCAAGCAACACCCCAGUCCCGGCAAAGUGCAGUUUGCCCAGUCCGCCAUUGCGCAGGCUGCGGGACCUCCGGUCUCCAUCGACGCAAGACUCGACAUGAACAGGCCCGUGACGCCCCAACAACAACAGCAGCAGCAGCAGCAACGGCAACAUCAGCAUCAGCAUCAGCAUCAAUUUCAACGACAAGCCCAGCAGCAGCCCCAACGAGACAUGGGAGCGAAUACGCAGCAUCACGUAGCCUACGCGCCGCCGGGGACCAUGGACGGUUGGGCCCAACCCAUCAUGGCGUCGUCGUCGACGCCGUCUCCUACGGCAAACGCGUACCCUGUCAGCUCGGCUGCUACUGCUGCUGGGCUGAAUUCGAACCCGGACACGAUUCGGGAAUUCGCCAGGUCGCGCAUGGCACCAGCAGGCAGCGAGGGAGGAGUGCUCACCGGGCAGGGUGCUGGUCUGGACAACAACCAGUGGAUCCUAAACGACAGCGCCAAGUGGCAGCACAACUUUAAUGGUUGGGAUCUGGGCCAACCGCUUCCCGGCGCAAUGCAGUUUGCGUUCCCGCAUCAGCCUGGCUCCUUGGCACCAAACACAAGCCCUGCGGCGGCGGCAGCGGCGGCUGCUAGCAUGCAAACUAUGGGUCAUCCACCAUCCGGUCUAGAGGCGUUUGAUGCGUCUAUGCACGAUACGAGAUGGCUACCGAACCUCGAAUAA